UGACAAGCCGUGAUCAAUCUCACAAGACAAUCGUCACGAUGCUCGUCUCUCCUCUCUUUCCUUCUCCCCCAUAGUUCCUACUAUCACGAAGCUCUCUGAUAUGGCAGCGGCAGAGUGCGGGCCCUCAAACGGCCUGCAGCGCUUCAAGCAGCACACGGACGUCGACCGCACGCUACAGCAAGAUCGUCUCGCCGCACGCAACCACCCGGCUCAAGGCUUCCGCUCUGCAAAUCCGAAUGCUCGCCUUCUUGAUCCAGAAUUCGAGGCAUUCCAAGCUGGGGUGGAGUUGCCACUGCACGACCAAGUCGCUUUCCAACAGCAUGCGAACUUUGGCGGGCCUUCACAAGUGCCAACAUGGGCGUCCGACUUUCAGCGCAUGUCCAUAUCGCAGCCACAUGCGCUCAAGCAGCAGAACUUCAAUACUCAGCCAAGUACAGCAAAUUGGGCUCAAGGCUUUCAGCAGCACAUCGCACAGGCUGCCCCACGACAGCAGAACUCUUCGCCUUCGCCGCAGGCCUUCCAGCAACGGGCACGAUACGGUCUAACUGGUUUUCAAAGCCAAUUUGCUCAACCCAACUACGUUGCGCCUACGUAUCAGUCCAAGGGCAAAGCCCCGGUCCAAGCUGAGCAGUUUGAUGAAGCUGCCUUCGCCGCUGCCUUUGACCAAGCACACGACGACCUGAUGGCGGAUGCAGCUGAAGCAGAAGCGACAGAGCAGGAACAGGAGCAGACCCCGAGUGCACAGGAGCUGUUGGACGAGCUUGAGGCGGAGAAGUUCGAGGCAGCAGUGGAAGAAGCCGCCACAAACAUACUGAAGGAAGAUGGUCAUGACUUGGACAUCGAGGAGAUGCAUCCUAUGGCAAGCAUGCAUGGCGCCGAUAUCGAGUAUGACACGAUGCAUGCGCCGAUGGAAGAGCAACAAGACCAGAUCAACCAGAUCAAUGACGAUGAUGCAUUGGCAGCCACGGCGGAGGAGCUAUUGGAAAAAGUCAAGCACAACCAGUCGGACAAAUUCAAGAACAGUCAAUUCCUGGCCUUGAUGCGAAGGCUGAAGGAUCGCGAAGUGAAGGUAGAAGGCGAUAAGAUGGUUGAGACUACAAAUACCACUUCCGCACAAACGGCAGACGCGACGCUAAAUGCCUCUAGCAUUAACACUGAGCAUACCAUUCCCGGCCCGGCGCAGGCUUCGACAUUCCCAGUCGACACGCGGCCUCCGGAGUAUGGAAUACCACAUGCCGAACAGGAUCAUGACAUGGGCAGAGUCGAUCAAAGAGACGGUCAGGAAGUUGUCGACUUGCUGAAUGAGCGCGGCCCAAUCACAGACGACAUGGAUUCGGAGUACAUGAUGACCUCCGCUUUAUAUCAACCAUGAGCAAGGCGGUGUCACGGGCCUGACGAAAGCUUGCAGAGCGAAUGAACCAUCACUAUACUCCGUGGCCAAAUGCGUACACGCAUAAGAUGGCUGCCGGCUGCUUUUUCAAGCACGAUUUGGACAAGGAACAACCAGCUUGAGCUAGAGCGACACACGAAAAGAAUAUGACUGACGAGCGAUGAUGAAGGGAUGCCAUCUGUGGCAAACAACCUCGCCGAGCAACGUUAUAAUUUAUACACCGUGCAGAGUGCACUAUGGCCACGCGUGAAUGAUGGCGGGAUGGAAGAAGUCAAUGCCCCCAAAGAGUGGUGGACAAUGCCAUUUAGGGACUAGGACGAAACAGAGUCGCCUUUCACCAUCUACCAUAAGGGCCGGUCGGGGCUUUGGUAAGCACGACAUGUUGAGAAUGCGCCAUCGGCAGCCGUGAAGGAGAUAUCGAAGGUCUAGUCGACACUGUAUAUAAUCGCCUGGAAACGGCGAGCGCCUUUGCUCUACAGCAUCGACGACACGCCUCCAGCUCCAGCGCAAUACCAUGUCUGCACCUCCCAACACGCCGCUUCCACCACAACCGUUGCCACCCCGACCUAAGCUCAACUUCGACCUGGCGACGUCUCUGACUUCUCCACUAACGUCUUCACUGAAAGAAGGAAUAUCGGG